GAUUCUUCCUACUCCAGGUCAAUCACGACUGUCGGGGGAAGGGAAGCUCUCUAUAUUGAGCCCUGAUCAAACAUAUUAUAUAAUAAUCCCAUCUCCACCUCCACCUCCACCUACCCAUCCCUCCCCAAUGGCUUCCGACAUCCCCUACUACGACGUCCUCAUCCUCGGCGCUGGCUUCUCCGGCUGCAGUCUCCUGCACUACCUCCGCCGCGACGGCUUCAGCGUGCGCAUCUUUGAGAAAGCGCCCACCGUCGGCGGCACCUGGUACUGGAACCGCUACCCCGGCGCACGCGUCGACUCCGACGUUCCAAUCUACGAACUCAACAUCCCCGAGGUCUACGAGUCCUGGAGCUGGUCUUCUCGCUUCCCGGACUGGCAAGAGCUGCGCCAGUACUUCAAGCAUGUCGAUAAGGUGCUCGAGGUAUCAAAAGACACAGACUUCAACACCAACGUCACCGACGCCGUGUGGGACGAGGCAUCCCAGACCUGGACCGUCACCGCCGAGAACGGCAAGCGCGCGCGCGCAAGAUUCUUCCUCACCUGCAUUGGCUUCGCGUCCAAGAACUUCACCCCCGACUUCAAGGGCCUCAGCAAGUUCAAGGGCGAGGUGCACCAUUCCAACGAAUGGCCCGAGACCGGCGUCAACCUCGAAGGCCGUCGCAUCGGCCUCAUCGGCACUGGCUCGACCGGUGUGCAGAUCACCCAGGAAGCAGGCCCCGUCUGCAAAGAGCUCUUUGUCUUCCAGCGCACGCCCAACCUCUGUCUUCCCAUGCACCAGGCCUACCUCGACGAGUCCUCUCAGAGCGACAAGGCAGGCUACGACGCAAUCUAUCAAAAACGCCUCAACUCGUUCGGCGGCUUCCUGUUCGACUUUGUGAAGAAAAAAGCCACCGACGACACCCCCGGGCAGCGCGAAAAGUUCUACCAAGCGCUCUUCGACCACGGCGGCUUUGCCUUCUGGGUCGCAAACUACUACGACCUCUUCACCGAUCCCGAGUCCAACCGGCUCGCCUACGAGUUUUGGCAGCGCAAGGCGAGCGAGCGCAUCAAGGAUCCCAAAAAGGCCGCGAUCCUGGCACCGAAAGUCGCGCCUCAUCCGUUCGGCACCAAGCGUCCGUCGCUCGAGCAAAACUACUACGAGCAGUUCAACAAGCCGAACGUACACGUCGUCGACGUCAGCGCGGAGCCUAUCGCUGAGUUUACGGAGAAAGGGUUGCGUACCACUGACGGCGAAUACGAGUUCGACCUGCUCAUUCUCGCGACCGGCUUCGACGCCGUCACGGGUUCGUACAAGAACCUCAAGAUCAGGGGCGUCGGCGGCGUCGAGCUCAGCGAGAAGUGGGCGAAGCAGACGCAGACUUAUCUCGGCUUGACCGUCCACGACUUUCCAAAUUUGAUGUAUACCUACGGCCCGCAAGCGCCGACUGCGUUCUCUAACGGCCCGUCGUGUAUCCAGGUGCAGACCAAGUUCAUCGUCGACAUCAUCAACUACAUGCGCGACCACAACUACAGCUCCUUCAACGCGACCAGCGACGCCGAGACUGAGUACACGGACGAGAUCAACGAGGAGGUCACCAAGACUUUGUUCCCGUUGGCAAAGUCGUGGUACAUGGGUGCGAAUAUCCCGGGAAAGAAGAUCGAGAUGCUGAAUUAUAUCAAGGGGAUUCCUGCGUAUUCGAGCUUGUUGGACAGUGUUGAGGAGAACUGGAAGGGUGUUGCGUUUGCCAAUUGAUUUUCUUUCUUCUUCUAAUUUUAUCUUUUUUUGUUGUUAGUUGAUUUACGACAGGAAUACACAAACUAUUUGCUUUCUCU